AUGACAAUUUACUAUACCACAGUCUUCUUCAUCUUGGUGCUCGAGAUGCUCUCGUUUGGCAUCCUUGUGUUCCCUUUCCCUUCUCGCUGGCGCAGAGCAAUGCUUAAAUUUGUAUCAGGAUCUCCAAUGGUCGCCAAGGCUGUAAGAAUCCUCAAGAUUGUCUUUGGCUUUAUUUUUGUGUUAUUUAUUGAUGCUGUGAACCGUUUGCAACGUAUUGACCAAGACGAGCAACCUGACGAUGCUAGUCGUCCCUACCAUGAUUACAGUUACGAAGCAAGUCAAAAGGCUCGCAAAUUCUAUGCCCAAAGAAACCUCUAUUUGACUGGCUUCACUCUCUUUUUGUCAUUGAUUCUCGAGCGCACAAGCACCUUGGUCAUUGCCAUGCUGAAGCAUGAAGAGGAAUUGGAACAUGCAAAGUCUGAACAUGAAUCUUCCAAGCAAGAUGAAAAGAAGUUGCUGGAAAUGGAGCGAUCCUACGAAGACAAGAUCAAAUCACUUCAAAGUGAGGUUGUAGCAUUGCAGAGCAAGAAGAACGAAUACGAGAAUUUGAAGCAGAAGAUUGAUCAGGAGGCUGCGGAUUACCACACACUUGCUGAUGAGCGUACCAAAUUAGACCCUGCCUCUUCAAGUAUGUGA